CUCGUGUGCGCCGCAGUUCUCCAACAAUCUGCAGGGAAAGGUGCACCUCUGGAAGACUUGGGAGCCCUUUACACGUGUGCAGUACCAGAAAAACAGAAGCGUGAACCUCACUUGUAGCUUCCCUUCAAGUGACGAUGUAACAGUAAUGUGGAGAAAGACGGGGUUACAGAUUCCCAUCGCCGUCAGCGGUAGGGUGAUUUCUCACCCCGACAAGUACCAGAUCGAGGAAGACACAAAGCAAGGCUGGUCCAGUCUCAUCAUUGAUGCUACCAGGGUGACGGACGCGGGGUACUACACCUGUUAUUGGUUGCUGAACAGGACGGUGGUGAACUCGACAAAGUUCACGCUGGUCAGAAAAGAUAAACAUUUCACACUCAUUCGAACUUCAGAAAAGACAGUAAAGGCUUCUAUAGGCGAUGAUGUCGAACUUCCCUGUAUUGUCCAACGAAAGCAUAAGUAUAAGGUUCUGUGGCUUGACCCCAGCAAUCGUGUGGUCACAUUCGGGUCACGGAGUCUCAGGAAACGGUACACAGUCAGUUCCAGGGGACACAGGAGAAACUGGACACUGAAGAUAACAAAUGUCAAUAAAAAUGAUUUUGGCACAUUCACGUGUCUUGUCAACACAGACCCUAUACUCUCAAGUACGGUUGGGUUGUCCAGAAAAGGAUACCCCCCGCCACGGCAUACUACCACUUCUACUCAGACCACCACGACACAGCGACAUGACAGCCACUCCAAUGUAACAAACGAUAUAUGUGGAAACAACACAUCCAUCUGUAGAACAGUUUCAGACUCAUCGGAUGUCAUUGGGACCAAUGGUGUUCCUAAACUUGCGGCUGUCCAUAAAGCUAAACCAGGGCAAAGCUGGGACCGUUUGAUUCUGGGGACAAGCAUUGGCGUUUGCGGCUUUGUUUUGUUUGUAGGACUAGCCAGUGGAUGUUUCUUGGUGGACAGGAUACAGAAGAUGACGCGGAGGAUCAUCCAGCAGGAACUGACUUUAGACCAUAUGCGCAUGCGUCGUAGGAGUCGAAGACUCACAUCGGAAACACAUGUGAUCAUUGGAAGACAGAACAGUUCCACGAAAGAUAACACAAUUGACUCGCACAAUUCUGGAUCUGCUAAAAUGUUAAAGCCGAAGGAUCAACAGCUGUUUAAAGGCACGUAUUGUGAGCCUUGGUCGUCAAGCAGUGAUUUAAUUCAAGCCAUGAAUGCUGCGUACACCGACCAGCAGGGUCGGGAAGACAUACAACCAAGUUACACGACAAAUGUGGAACCGAUUGUUGAAGCUGCAGGGAAAGACAGACAGGAACCACCAGGGGGACAACCCGUGUCGGGAUGGACAGGCGGAUCACGUGGCGGGUGGUAUGGAGGAACGACCGUUGAUACGUGUAGACGGGGAAGGAGAGUGCGAGGAAGAUGAUGCCUCGCAGGACAUGUGACAACGUAUUAGUGCCAUUUCCUGCAGGAGUAUUUGUCUUUGACCUUAGAUUCAUGUGGAAUAUUUAGUUCCAGAGUGAUUCCUUACGUAAGAGGAAUGACGGAAGUAAGCUCUUAAUCAUGUAUAUAUUUAAUUAUCUACGUGGACUGGCUGUAAUGUCUUAUGAAUUAUGUGUGGCCAAAACACACGGCUGAGCACGCAAUGAAGAGUACAUUGUUUCCAUGACAUGGGUGUAAUGCAAAAGCAACCACCUAUCUACCUACCUGAGAAACCGUACAUCCACCCACCCACCGACUAUCUAUUCACGUACCUACCUAUCGAACUACCUACCUACCUAUCGAACUACCUACCCACCCACCCACCUACAUAACUACCUGCCCAUCC